GUACAACAAUGACAACAACAAUAAGCAAACAUGAUUUACAACUACAACAGCAGUUGCAGCUGCAACAACAGCAUCAACAACAACAACAACAGCAAGUGUUACUACUACAUCAGCAAGAGCAUCCACAGCAGCAACUGCAUGUGCAUUAUACAGACCAACAACAAACACCACAACAACAACAGCUUUCUUCAAUUUUAUCAAAACCUACAACCAAUAAAAGUUUGUUAUUCAAUAUUACCGUUAAUAGUUUAGUAGAUAACACCAUAAAUAUUUACGAUUUAGACGCCGCGACGUUAGCCGUGACAGCAGCGUCAGCAAACACCACAAUGACAACAACAACAGCAGAAGCAAAAACAACUACUCACUUAGAUAGUGCAACCGCAAUUAUACAAAUAGAUUCGAUAAACAACAACAACCCAACUAGUUUAAGUGCCCCCGCAACGGCCACAACGCCGACCAACAACAACGGUACGGUGAUAAUCGCCAGCGACUCGACCGAUUCAGAGCCAAAAACUCAAAAGCGUCGCUCCCUACUCAACUUCAAAUCCUUCGAUUUCCACAUCAAAUCGCUUUACUCGGGCUUGCGUAACGGCAAUAAACACUCGCACUCACAAUCAUCUUCGCUUGGUGGCGGCGGCGGUGGCGGUAGCAGAAGCGGUGGAGGGGGAAUACGCAUUGACGGCACUACGGAUAAUGCCAAUGGCAGCGGUCUACUCGCCGACACACCGCCCGGUAACCGAGGUGGCACCGCUGUCAACAAUCGUAUGCCACCCUAUCUCAAGAUCGAAUCGGUCGAUGCUGAAGAAGCGGAAAAUCUGCUGCUCGACUAUCCACAAUCACCAUACUCGUCGCGUCGUAAUAGCUCACACGAAGAGGAUAAUCGCUCUAGCUCACAGCUGUUGCACAUCAAUCGCUACGAUAUGUGUUCGCGUUCGCAAGCCAGUUCGCCGUCGCCGUACUACCUGUCGCCGUAUGCCGUCGAUUCAGGCAACAUGCGACGCUCCUCUACGUCGGACAUUAUGUCGUGCAAGCGCAGCGGUACGUCCAGCGCGAGCGAUAGCCGCCGGCCGAGCACGAGCGAUCUGCUGCGGAAAGCGCGUGAACGGCGUGGUAGUGAGGCGCGAAUGGGUCGCAGCGUUUCGCAUAGUGGACUGCCGCGGGGUGGGCCGCGAUUAGGAUCGGGUGGCGGCGGCGGCGGUGGUCGGCGUACGAGUAUGGCAUUUUAAGAACGGAAGAUAGAGCAUGAAGAGAACUUAGAGGGGGAAAAAUUAAGAAUGAGGGUCAAAGAUUAUAUAAAAAAAUGAAUAAAUAAAUUAAAAGAACACAGAAAUUACAAUUGGAUGUGCUCUCAAGUAAGGUUGAUCAAAUCGAGUUAUAUGUAUGUAUUGUUGAUGCUCUACAUCGUUAUGCAAUUAAGUGCUUAUGAAUUUUUAAAAAUUUAAUUAGAAAAUUUAAUAUUAUCGAAACUGGUAAAUAGUCAAGUAUUUAUAAAAAUAGCUUACAUAUUUAUUAAAUAAAAAUUGAGGCUUGAAUGAAUUAAUAACGAAACUACAUUAACGAAAAAAAUAAAUAAAUAUAAUAAAGAACAGAUAAAAUAUAAAAAGUAUGAAGGACAGAUAUUUCAUUAAAAAUCUGGCAUAACUAAAGAUAUAGUAAAUACCUUGGAAUCAAGAUUUGGAAUAUAUUUUCUUAGUCGAAUCACUUCAUUACAUUUGCAUCUUAUUCACAUUUCACAUUUUUGAUUUUAUAUUAUUUUACUUAAUUAUUUUUUUAAUAUAAAGAUUCAUUUAAAUCUCUUUCAUCCUAGACAUUGAAAAAUACUCUCUGCCAGCACAGUUUUGAACUAAAGACCCAGUUAGAUAUAACUUAAUUAACGUAACUG